AGUUCAGUGCUGGCGGAACCACUUCCUUUCCUUUUCUAGUUUUGUUGUGCUACGAAUCAAACAUGCCGAAAGCACGCAAGGAGAAAGUUAACGCAGUCCAGGUCUUCGGACGCAAGAAAACUGCCACCGCCGUUGCACACUGCAAGCGCGGAAAGGGACUGCUGCGUAUCAAUGGCCGCCCGCUGGACCAGAUCGAGCCGAAGAUCCUGCGCUACAAGCUGCAGGAGCCGCUGCUGCUGCUCGGCAAGGAAAAGUUCGCCGGCGUCGACAUCCGCAUCCGCGUGAGCGGUGGUGGUCACGUAGCACAGAUCUACGCCAUCCGGCAGGCCAUCUCCAAGGCGCUGGUCUCCUUCUACCAGAAGUACGUCGAUGAGGCGUCGCGCAAGGAGCUGAAGGACAUCCUGACCCAGUACGACCGUACGCUGCUGGUUGCGGAUCCGCGUCGCUGCGAGCCGAAGAAGUUCGGCGGUCCAGGUGCCCGCGCCCGCUACCAGAAGUCUUACCGUUAAGGAUUUACUUUACACAUUCGCGUACGCGCUCGCCGUUUGUGCUUUUUCUGCUGGUUUUGCUGGUAUGUGUGUGCUCGUACUUCGUCCGCGCCCUGCAUCGGGUUCAAGUGCUCCACGCAGCGAGCUGGCCGGUGGUGUGCGUCCGGCGAGUUAUUUUCUCCAUAAGAUUUGCGCGUGUAUUGCUUUCGAAGGGCGGAAGCUUGUGAGGAAGGAAUAAAACGGUCAACAUCUGUACAAUCUUA